UUCAAGGCAACAGAUAGUAUAAUGGACAACAUCGACAGGCGAGAGCAGAAAGAAAACUCUCACACAAUCGCUUUUCAAGAUCCAUUAAAGUAAACCUUUUUUUUCUUUUCAUUCUUCGUUUUUGCUCUUCAUCACUGUCGCUCCUUAUCUUGCUGCGAUUAAUCCCUUCUCUGCUACUUCAAUAUAGACGUGCGACAUUGAUGCACACACUAAGACCUAGAUAGCCUCUUCAUGUCCUUGGAAGCUAGCCGUUCUGCAUCACCACACGAGACCGGGUCUGAGACCACAGAAAGGCUGCCGUCGUCUUCCCUCGCCAACACAAAGUAUGAGACACAGUCUUCCUCUUCUUCGCAUUCUUCUGCUUUGAGUGACAUUCAACACAACCGCUUAGAUCCGUCCACUCAUACUCUGGAUCAGUCUUUGUCAACGCCACCAUCUCAUGUCGCUACCUUAACGGCUGCAAGCUUGUCGUUGUUGCCCAUGGAAUCUGAUCAUCCCAGUUUCCUCAGCAAUGACGACGACCUAAAGACUAACAAUAGUGGGAGUACCGGAAGUGAUAAUUCACCGCCAACGCUGACAUCUGUUUCUGGACCUAACUCUAAUCAUCCAGAGGAAGCUGUGGGACUAGGGUUCGAUACAGUGCCAUCACAGCGCAUCUCAGAGGAAGGAGCUCAACGAGAGACCAUACCUGACGAUCAGAUAAUAUUUACAAAUGGACAUGGAUCUUCAGAACCAGCUGGCUUGUCAGAGACUGUCACCCCUCCUAAGCGGGGCCCAGGACGUCCCGCACGAACGCAGACUGCGACUGGAAUCCGGGAAAAAUCGUCUGAUCUCAAUAGUCGGCCAAGGAGAAGCACGCGUAUCACAACUGUCUCAUCUAUUACAGACCCACCUCGUUCAAAGGAAGACUCUGGGAAAUUAAACCAGAAGACUGCACAGCCUACGUCCAUGUCUGCACAUGCACAUUUCGAGCCUGCUGAGCCGUUUAAAACAAUCACUCAACGCACGUCAAAGCGCAUCAUCCGGCCCCCUGGAAAAUUCCUUCACCCAACUGGCCUUAUAACAUCAACUGGAGAUAAAGGUGCAAAAUUGACGCCUGCAAACCAACAGCAAUUACUACAGCAGCAGCAACAUGCGAUAGAUCAGCAAACAGGGGAUCAGCCUAAGAAGCGAGGACCAGGACGUCCAGCCAAUAAUACACUGAACUUAACGCAGCGUUCAACUGGAUCAGCUAAUGCAGUCUCAUUCUUACCGCCCCCAAACAUCCCCGCAAAGCGUGGUCCUGGUCGUCCUCCACGUAACCCACAGCUAGUAAAGGCUGCAUCAAAUCCAACCUUUUCGACAACCUUAUCUCGAGCAAAAUCCAAGCCUGUAUCACCAACCGCAGUUAGGCCAAAUCAUAGUACAGCUGUCAGCGUCCGCUCUAAUACCUCAGUAUCACCAUCCAAAUCUGACACAUCUUCCAGUAAUGAGCCGACCAUCAUCCCUAAACGCGGCCCUGGUCGCCCGCCAAAGAACUCUGAUGGAAACAAUGCUCCAGCAUCUGCUUCAACUUCCUGGAGGCAUCAUAGUCAUCCGCAAGUUGUUACACCAUUCACAACACCUGGAUCCAGGUCUCGAAAACGCUACAGUAAGAGUGACGCAGAGUAUGAUGAUGACUCGACAGGUACUAAUGAUCGCAUUAUGGAGUCUGGAUUCACGCCUCGCAAAAGACGCAACACUCAGAAUAUAAUCCCUGGCCAUAUUCAAGCCGUGAACAGGAACAGAGCAUCAACAGUUGAAGCUAUGGAGCCUCCUAAACCUUUAACACCGUUGGAUAGGGCGCGACAAGCAAAAAUUACAGAGUGGGAGGUCAAGUUGCACGAGGUUAUCGAUCACCAUGAUAGCUUGGUGCGUGAGCUAUAUCAUUUGGAAACUUAUACAACUACUUUGACAUACGACCCAGUAAAAAUUAAAAUGGAUCACAGUGACAGGAUGUUACGCUUUCUUCGAAACUUUGAGCUGUGGUCGCAAGUGCCAGAUCUUGUAUCGAAUGUUCAGUUGCAUGCAGACAGAAUAUCGACACGGAAGAGUGCUACGGAGCAACGCGAGAUGUUCGUGGACAUGCUUCAGAAGAAUGUUGAAGUGGCUCUCCCACGUAGAGGAGAUAUUCCUUUUGCAUCGGAUUUGAUUCGGCAUGGUCUGCAUCGCAACCUACCUCUGCAACUUCAAAGUUUCGAAGAUUAUUUAAACUCGUUUGUAUACGUAGAUGAUGAAGAGGUCACGCCACAAGAGGCAGAUAAACGCGCCGCAUCCAACGCAAAGCUCCUGGAUCGUAUCGACGCCUUGAAGGCUGAAGGUAGGCUAGGAGAGAAACCACCAAAACCCUUUGUGGAUCCUGAGGUCCCCAAGCUCCACUACAACUGGCUCAUGGAGCACAUCAUGACUUCCUCUCGGUUGAUCAAGGAGGAAGGAAGGUUACAGAUGGCACGCGCACGCAAGGUCAGUAAGAUGAUCACUCGACACUUUGAGCAACUUCAUGGCAAAAGCGAAAGAGACCAAAGGCUCGAAGAAAAGAGACUGCGAAAAUUGGCCAAAUUGACUGCAGGCGAAGUUAAAAAGAAAUGGCGCUACGUUGAGGGAAUUAUUAAAGCCCGGCACAAGGCCUUAUUGAAGGAAGAGCAAGAAGAAGCCGGGAAGCGACAUUUGAAUCUCAUCUUGGAGCAUUCUACGCAAAUCCUGGGCGUUCAACAUAGUACUUUAAACAUGAGCUUAUCAGGAACGCCGAGGACACCGGGGACACCAGGCACGCCGGGUCAUGCAUCGGAUGCUCUAGCUACGUCUGAUGUCCUCAGCGAUCUACCCUCAACACCGCCCGUGACAGAUGCUACUAGUCGGCGAUCAUCUGUAGCACCAUCUGCUGUAUCUUCAGACGCCGAGCUGGAUACUGGAGACGCUGAAUAUUUUGUUAAAGAGGCAGAUGUUGACGACGAGACUACGCUUGCGAACGAAGAGUCUGGGAGUGAAGAUGAUGAAGCAGAAAUUUCAGGUCUGCAAGCAGAGAUGGAUAUUCCCAUAGAAGAGCUCUUGAAACAGUAUGGCUAUCAACUUUCUGGAGGUGAGGAGAGCGAUGAUGACGAUGAGCAAGAUAAUAACGGUAAUAACAUGGACACAGACGAAGUAGUUGAAGCGGCAAUAUCAAUAGAAGAAAUAGGAGGCGAAAAAGAUGAUAACAAGUCUGAAGAAGCUAUGGAGCCUAUUGUCAAGGUUGAGGUGGAUGCUGAGUCUGGAUCGCUCGGAGCUCUAAAUGGUGCUCUGUUAGAUACUUCUAUGGACAUACGGAUUAACUCUGAGGAAAGGAAACGGAAAGUGGGGGACAAUAAUGAUAGUCAAGGCUUUGAGGGAUUAUCAAGCGCUCUUUUCAACCCAAGGCUGGAGUCUGAGGAAGGAAGAAUUAUAUCCUCAAUGGAGAUUGCCAAGUCUCUUCCAGAGGACCUCAAAGCAGCCAGUAACUCUAUGUCAACAGCACAACGUCUUCAUUCUUCGAAACGUAGGCGGCUUUCGCUCUCGGAACUAUAUAAGGGUCCACCAUUACCGUUUAAUCCUUUUGAUGAAGUAGAUGACGAACGUACAAUGGAAGAAGAGGAGGAAGAAGACCUCUCUGAUCCAGAGGAGCUUGCUAUCCUGAUGCAAGAGAAGGAUAUGCCAAUUGAGGAUCUUCUGGACAAAUACGACUACGAAGCCGAGAGUUCAGAAUAUUCGGACUCUUAUUACGAUUCUGAUUCCGAGUACGAGGAAAACAUCAUGAGCUUGCACCAGAGAGCUCGGUCAGCUGAUCCUCGAUAUGUUGUUACGUUGCAGGAUGUUGCCCACAGUCGAAAGUUUCCUACACGGCCCAGUAGUGAGUUUACAGAUACAGAUACGGAGUAUGAUGAUAAUAGGACAAUAUCAAUUUACGGGACUGAUGAUGAACUUUGCCUCGGUGACAUGCUCCCUUUGUUGAGCCCUGAAACUCCUCCCAAAAGCACUGAGAUUGACACAUUCACGACCGGAGCUAAUGUCAAGACCAAAAUUCCUUUCCUUUUGCGUCAUCAACUGCGAGAAUACCAACACGUCGGGAUGGAUUGGUUGGCGAAUCUUUAUGCUAACGGUCUCAAUGGUAUCCUGGCAGAUGAGAUGGGUCUUGGAAAGACGAUGCAGACAAUUGCUCUCCUGGCACAUCUAGCAUGCGAGCAUGGUGUAUGGGGCCCUCAUUUGAUUGUCGUACCUACUAGCGUCAUGCUUAAUUGGGAGAUGGAAUUUAAGAAGUGGUGCCCUGGUUUCAAAAUCAUGACUUAUUAUGGAAGCCCAAGGGAGCGCAAGGAGAAGCGUGUUGGCUGGUCCCGUGAAAAUGCGUUCCAUGUCUGCAUAACGUCAUACCAAUUGGUAGUCCAAGAUCAGGCGGUAUUCCGACGUAAAGCAUGGCAAUAUUUAAUUUUGGAUGAGGCACACAACAUCAAAAACUUUCGAUCCCAACGGUGGCAGACGCUUCUCAACUUUAAUUCUGCCAGGAGACUCUUGUUGACAGGAACGCCACUGCAAAAUAAUCUUAUGGAGCUAUGGUCGCUUUUGUACUUCCUUAUGCCUAAUGGUGUGUCCCAGACCAUGCCAGUAGGGUUUGCAAAUCAAAAGGAAUUCCAAGAAUGGUUCUCACAUCCUGUUGAUCGCAUGAUAGAAGGCAAUGAACAACAGGAUGAAGAUUCAAAGGCAGCGAUUGCCCGAUUGCAUACUGUUCUUCGACCAUAUCUGCUUCGUCGCCUCAAGUCAGAUGUAGAAGCACAGAUGCCAGCCAAGUAUGAACACAUUGUGUACUGUCGGCUUUCGAAGCGUCAACGUUUCUUGUAUGAUGACUUCAUGAGCCGAGCGAAGACCCGUGAGACAUUAGCGUCAGGAAACUUCUUGAGCAUCAUUAAUUGCCUGAUGCAACUUCGCAAGGUCUGUAAUCAUCCGGAUCUAUUUGAAGUACGGCCAAUCGUCACAUCCUUUGCUAUGCCUUCUGCCACUGCGUCCUAUGAAAUCACCGAGUUUUUGGUUCGCCGCAGGAUGUUUUCAGAAAUUGAUAAGGCCAGAGAAUCUAUCAAUCUUGAUUUUUUGGGGCUGGUUUUUACCAACAAAGAGGAACGAUUGUCGAAAAUGGACCUAGAAUCGUAUGAGGAGCUCAACGCUACACCACUGUUCUUAAAGAGAGCCCACGAAUUUUCUAUAGUUCAAUCAAAGUCGUUGACAAUCGGGACUCAAUACCAAGAUGUUCGGCAGUAUUCUAGUUUGAGGCGGCAUCGACAAUUACUGGCAAGUAAGCAACGGUGGGAACAACUGGCAUAUGUCAACACAAAUCGAUGUCACACACAGGUCAUGUUUGGAUCCAGCUUGCUUGAUAUGUGCCACCAACCAGUCAAAAGUGCUAGAGGAUGCUUCAACAUUUUACAGCAAGUCUCGGAUCCGCGCCAAUAUCUUGAUUAUACGAAUGCUAUUGCUCAGGCAGUUCUUACGAGCGAAGCCCGAUUCCACCAAAAUGAAGAAACGAUUAAACGCUUUGCAUUCGUCACACCGGCGGUCAUAGUACGGGAUUAUUCUUGGGCACCAAUCCAUGUAAAUCCUCAGCCGACCAUUCUAGAGACUAUCUGUCAACAGGCAAUCCAACUUUUCCACCCAGUGGCAUCAUGCCUUCAAGUUCAGUUCCCUGACAAGCGAUUACUUCAAUUCGAUUGUGGCAAGCUUCAAAAGUUGGACAGUCUUCUUCGGGAAUUGAAAUCCGGAGGGCAUCGUGCAUUGAUCUUCACACAGAUGACUAAAGUCCUAGACAUUCUGGAAAUUUUUCUGAACAUUCAUGGACAUCGGUACCUACGAUUGGAUGGAGCAACAAAGGUGGAGAAUCGACAGCAUUUGACCGAUCGAUUCAACUCUGAUCCAAAAAUUUUAGUAUUCAUUUUGUCUACACGAUCGGGCGGAGUAGGCAUCAACCUUACAGGUGCUGACACUGUCAUCUUUUAUGAUUCUGACUGGAACCCAUCGAUGGAUCGUCAAUGUCAAGACAGAUGCCAUCGUAUUGGACAGACAAGAGAUGUUCAUAUUUAUCGGUUUGUCAGCGAGUUUACGAUUGAGGAAAAUAUGUUAAAGAAGGCAAACCAAAAGCGUAUGCUCGAUAAUGUUGUGAUCCAAGAAGGAGGGUUCACAACAGAUUAUUUCCAAAAAAUGGACUGGCGUGAUAUGUUGGGCGAAGAAGACCUUGCUAAAAUUGGCGACCUGGGUCCGAUACAAGCAAAUGGUGAACCUCGCGAUCUUUCGACGGUACAUGGAGCAGAUCUUGAACAGGCACUGGCCGCUGCCGAGGAUGAGAACGAUGUAUUGGCUAUGCAACAGGCUAAACAUGAGAUGGAAGGUGUUGAUCAAGGAGACUUUUCAGAAGCCGGAGCCACUCCUAAUACUGUCAGCAACCCUAAGGAGUUUAAAGCAUCUAGUGCUAAGAAUAUUGAGGAAAAAUCAAUAUUUAAAGAGACAAGUGUGGCCAAGGUUCAAUUCCUAACUGGCGCAUCAACACAGCCUGAUGGAGAGGGAGAGGAGGAAGGAGAGGUUAUUGAGAUAGGACACGUAGACGAAUACAUGCUACGGUUUAUGGAACGCGAGUAUGGCCAUUAUGUUGGCUUUGGCGCGUCUUUUUUAAUUUAAUUACGUAAGCGAGG